AUUGUUGUUGUUGUUGUUGAACGCGGGGUGAGAAUUAAAGUGGGUUGCGGAUAGUGACGUGCGAGGGCAAACCGGCCUAUCGUAAGUGAGAGGUGGCAGCCGGUCGGACAGGUCACGCUUUUUUCUUGGAGAAACCGAAGAGUACUUUUUGGACUUCUCCUUUCGGGACGGAGCUUUAGUGAUAGCGGGACUUCCGUGAAACCAUCAUUUGGUUAGUGACGCGCCACUCACUACUAAGGAAGCAGUAGAGCAGCAGCUUCAAGAUAAUAAACGCAACAAAAGAAUGAGAGACAGAGGGCCGUGGCGGUUAUGGAGCUUACUCCUACUCCUAACUGCAGGAAAUUUGAAGAGCUUGUUUGUUCAGUGCCAAUAUAAUGAAGGUGGUGCAAGAGGAGAUGAAGGAAGUCCGGCAAGUCUCGGCUUUAGCGGCGUCGAACUAAGGCACGAUGGUUACGUAAAAGGCGAGACACCUACCAUACCACAAACAAGCUUCAGUUGCUCGGCUCAACCGUAUAAUCCGGGGCUGUACGCCGAUACUGAAACGCAAUGCCAAGUUUACCACGUUUGUUUCGAAGAUCGCCAGGAAAGCUUUUUAUGUGGCCCAGGCACGAACUUCAAUCAACGAAUCUUGGCUUGUGACUUUUGGUACAAUUUUGACUGCCAAGAAAGUCCUUCAUUCUACUCUGUCAAUGCAGACAUAGGAAAGGUUCCAGAUUCAGUGUUCAAUGCCGGGCAAGGAGGAAGACAACCUUCCCCUCAACAGCCAUCUUAUCCACGAGUUCCACAGCAACCACCAUCUGUGGGAUCAAAUGUGCCUCGAGUAACCGCUCCGCCACCACGAGUUCAACCACAACCUGAAAGACCGUCUUAUCCAAGUUUCCCACAGCAGCCUCCAUCGCAAGGAUCUAUUCCAAAUCGAGAAAGCGUACCUCCUCCUCCACAGAGAAUUCAGCCUGAGUUUCCUAGAGUUCAAACUCAACCUCCUAGAAUAGAGCCCCAGAUUCCCCGAAUACAACCCCAGCCACCAAGGAUUGAGCCACAAAUCCCACGUAUACAGCCACAGCCACCUAGAAUUGAACCUCAGAUUCCAAGGAUACAGCCACAACCACCUAGAUUUCAACCACAACCACCUAGUAUACCCUCUCAGCCACCAAUACCUGAAUUCAGGCCCCAGCCUCCACCAGCGUUUGUACAACCUCAAUAUCCACGAAUUUCUCAACCAGGGGGACAGCCUUCAAAGGUAAGACCACCACCGGUACAACAACUAACGCCAUCGAUACAACAAGAAGAAGAUACUGGAUAUCAGUUUGGUGGAAAUAAUCGUCAAAAGCCAAUAUCAUUGCCACCACCGCAGCAGGUUCGUCCACAAACAUCCAGACCAGUGUUUCCUCCCGUUGUUUCUCCACCCAGAGUAUCGCGUCCACCUCUGACACCUCCAGUCAUUCGUCAGCCAGAAAUAGCUAUAUCGCGUCCCAGAGUACCUAUUGCAGUCGGCAGGCCUGAGUUCCAUCCUGAUUCUCAUUUGAAAGGAAAUGUUGAUUAUCGACCUGCACAACAACCUCGACUUCCCCAACCAAGCCGGCCAGUAGGCACUGGAUAUCCCAGUUACCCAGUUUCUCAAGUGCCAGCUGCACAAAACCCAAUAGAAAAACCUUCAAGGAGACCAUCUUACCAACCUCCAAUAACUCUCCAACAAGAGCAUGUGGAUACAGAAUACGUUCCUCCACCACCCCCGCCGCCUGUUAGACAGCCAUCAAGGCCAACAACAGAAUAUAUCCCACGGCAGCCUCCUCCCAAACAGCCAUCAAAACCUACAACAGUAUAUGUUCCACCACCUCCUCCACCCCCACCUGUGCAACAAGAAAUAGCACAUAUUCCUCCACCUCAGCCACCAUCUCGUCCAGCUUAUGUGCCUCCACCUUCACCUGCCUUUCAAAAACCCGUUGAUACUGGUUACGGAAGACAACCAGCUGUAGAGAAAAAACCAAUUGAGAGUGGACACGGAAAGCAACCGCCUGUUUCACCAUCUAUAAUCAGAGAGCAGCAAAAGCCUGCAAUUUCUCCUCCAUCCAGACCUCAGGUGUCUGUGGGAGUAAGACAACCUCAACAACCUCAACGGCCAAAACCAGUAUUUCCUCCACCUUCGGAUCAUCCAAAUUCCAAUAUUAAAGGUGGCCCUGGUUACAAUCAACCACCACCUCAGGUACCAAGAUUUGAACCAACUCGAAUUUCCAGACCGUCGAUACCACAAGGUGGAUAUCAAGAACCCCCCAAGCAAGUCAGACCUCCUGCUGAUGUCGAAAAAUUAUCUGUGAAACCAACUAUCGAAAAAAGGCCCACAGCUACAGGAUCUGGCGGCUAUAAACCACCAACACAGGGUCGAAUUAAAACACCAAGUGAGCCACCAAGAAGUGUUUAUCAACCGCCUAUUCAAGUUAUAGAUCAUCCACGCAGUGAAAUAAAAGGAACAGGUUACGAAGGACCAAUUGCUCCUCAACAGCCCCAACGUAUUGAAUCUCAAUCAUCACCUAUUUCUGGUGUCAAGCGACCGCAAACUGGUGGUGGAUAUCAAGAACCACAAAAACAGCGCCCAAGAGCUCCAAUAGUAGUGGCAAGACCUCAGCCACCUUCUUUGCCGCGAACUUCAGUUAAACAACCUGUUGCUCCACCAAGUCGAAUGAAACUUCCGAGUCAAACACAAGUACAAAGUGUUUCUAGUGGUCAAGCUUUCCGACCUAGCCAGCCAGAUGUUCCCUCUCACGGAGCUUUUGACCAUCCCAAUGCUAAUGUCAAAGGUGGUGGUGGUUACAAUCAAGUCAGACCUCAACCUGUUCAGAUAACAAGAAGACCUUCCAAUCCACCUUCUUUGCCUUCCACUUCAUACGAGCAAAAAACUCCCUCCGGCUGUGGUAGACAAGGAGGUGGAUGCCGGCCUAGAGGAGAUGGAGGUUACAGUCAACAACGAAUUCCUCAGCAAGACUAUAAGCCACAAAGAUCACGAACCAAAACAGCCCACUCAAUAAAAACACCGCAAGAAUUUUCUGGGGUGAAAGAUGUUGGUACUUAUCAGAGACCUCCAACGGUAUCUUCGCAUAGCAGCAUAGUACCAAAACAAGUGAAGCCAGAUUAUGAUUCUGGCUCCAGUUAUACAAGAGGACCUGACAUUUAUCCUAAGCCUGAAUUUGGCCAAUCAAAUGGGCCGCAUCCACCUGUAUCAGUUCCGUCCAGAGCAAACCAUGGAAUAAAAGAAGGACCAGCUCCCCAAAACAGCAUCGCAGAGAACAAACCCACUUAUCAAGGCCUUCCUGCGUCUUCGGGCUCCGGCACUGCUGUUCGUCCGGAAUAUCCUUUCCGGGAGGUUCCAGGACACCAACCUCCACAUCAGCCACAAGUUUUCCCUUACAGAGAGAAUCCCGAUCAUCCUAAUGAAAGCCUAAAAGGAAGUGCGGCGUACAGGCCACCCCCACCGGCCGGUUACCAAGCAGCAGCUUCUGAAGUUCAGGAGCAGAAAGUUGCAGCCGAAGCCAAACCAGAUACAUCAUCUCCGUUGUUGGGAGAUGUAGGUGUCGAGUAGAAUAUUUUGUAAAUUAUGGAACUGCGUUCGGAAAAUGUUCGUUGGAGGAUGAAGGCCCUCACGAUAUGUUCGUAAAUGGAACAUUUGAUCUCGACAAUAGGAGGAUGAGAAUCUGGAAAAAUGGCUGAUAUGUAUUUUUGAUUUCAUCGUUCUCAAUCGCACAAAUCACGAACUUACGUUUGCUUAUUAAUCUUCCAAACAACUGAUCACACGGAUAUACGUUUAGGACAAUGGGUACGGUUUCAACUAAUGGGUCUGGGCUUGUGAUUUUUCUCGAUAAAACAGAGUAAAUAGGUUAAAAAAUAACCUCACAGUUUGUAGCAUUUUUUGGAAUAGGAAAUCGAUUCUCAGUCAUAAAUAAUCGACUUCGGAAAAGAAAUACUAUUGCCAUUUGAAUUUUGAUAAUAUCUCACCAAAUGAAAUAAAUUAUUAAUUUUAGUCUAAAAUGUUCGCGUAAUCUGUGAUAAAGAAGACAAUGUCUUCCGUUUUUGUGAGAAAUUUAGAAUGCAAAUAUGAUUAGGUCUUGAGUGUAGAGUAUUUUUCUACAGAGCGAAAAAAAAAAAAGUCUUCAUUCAGUUGAUUAAAUUUACAUGGUGCAAAAUUUAUUUUUAAUAUUGGUAUUUCAGCAUUAGAAAGAAACCUUAGGUUGUUAUACAUGAUCUUAUUACUGCGUGUACAUAAUAUUUUACAAUGAACUGAUUGUUUACCUGUGAAUUUUUCAUGUGAAAACGCAUUGUUAUAUCACCCAGACAGGAUGUGUGUUAUGUGCUUUACUUGGGAUUUUGAAUAACUUAUUGUUGAAGUGCGUCCAGCUUUUCCCUAUGCUAAUUUGGUUCGUUUAAUAGAAAUAUUUUUUUUUACAAAAAGAAAAUCAUUGUAUUCUUUCAUGAAAACAGGUACCUGAACGAUUGCACGCAUUCCAUAAAAGUUACAUUUACUUAUUUAUUUCAAACUUCAAAGUAAAAAUCUUAUCUUGAGUCGUACUUACGUCAAAAUACAGUAAUUGUAAUCAGUAAAGCUUUCAGGCUUAAUUAGCAUGGGGAGGAGCUUUAUUUCUUCUCUUCCACGAGGCAUGUUUAGAUUCUACGGUGAAAGAAAAAAAAAGCUACUAUGGGAAAGCAACUAUUCAUUGUCCAGAAUCUUCACUGCCCGUGGAAUUGCAUACUCUUAUUAGUGUCCGUUUCUGUGUUCUGCUUUUUGUAUCUAUAAUUAUGUAGAAGUUUAUUAAACAUUUCCAUUUU